AUGGCUCUGCCGCUCCCAGGCUCUCCUUCGUCGUCCUGGGGUCUGUUUCGGGAGCGAUUGAAGCAAACCUUCAGUGGUGCUGACCCGAGAGUGUGCGUAGCAUUCUGGCUCUUCGGCUUGAUCAACAAUGUCCUCUAUGUCAUUAUCCUCUCCGCGGCGCUCGACCUUGUCGGCCCCAAUGUCCCCAAAGGAGUUGUCCUGCUCGCCGAUGUCAUCCCUUCGUUCCUGACCAAGCUCUGCGCUCCAUAUUUCAUCCACGCUGUGCCGUAUCCGGUGCGCAUCCUGAUCUUCGUGGGAUUAUCCGCGGCGGGCAUGCUUCUGAUAGCCCUUACACCGAGUUACACCGAUGGCGGGACGAUCGCAACCAAGAUGGCGGGCGUCAUAUUGGCAUCUUUGAGUAGCGGCGGCGGUGAGUCGACCUUUGUCGGGCUGGUGCACUAUUAUGGACCGUUCAGCCUCGCUGCUUGGGGCAGCGGCACUGGAGGCGCAGGGUUGAUAGGAGCGGGAGCAUACGCCAUAGCAACGACUUCUCUCGGUCUCAGCGUCAAAACCACCUUACUAGCCUCGGCCUGCUUACCCGCCGUCAUGCUGUUGAGUUUCUUCCUAGUUCUGCCACUGGGGCCACUCCGAGUGCACUCAAAGUUACACCAUGGUGUUGCUGAUUUGGCAGGGGAUGACGAGAACGAAGAUAUUGAUUAUACUCAACGUGAAGGGUUGCUUUCCUCCGAAAGUGCCCCUAAGCCGGUCUUUGCCUCCCAACGGACCCCAUCCUCCGCCUGGAAGAGCUUCACACAUAACCUUGCACGGUCGAAAGCGCUCUUCUUCCCUUUCAUGCUUCCUCUCCUCCUAGUAUAUGUGGCGGAGUAUACCAUCAACCAGGGGGUAUCGCCAACACUGUUGUUUCCCCUUCGAGAGACGCCAUUCAAGCACUUCCGUGCCUUCUAUCCUACCUACAACGCCAUAUAUCAGGCGGGAGUGUUCAUUUCACGGUCUUCCACACCAUUCCUACGGGUGCACAACCUCUACGUGCCGUCGUUCUUGCAGGUGGCCAACUUGGUCGUCUUGACGCUACAUGCCGUCUCCAACUUCAUUCCCAAUGUGUACAUUAUCUUUGCCAUCAUAUUCUGGGAGGGCUUGCUUGGCGGGCUUGUGUACGUCAACACAUUUGCCGAGAUCAGCGACACGAUACCCAAGGAAGAUCGGGAGUUUUCCUUGUCUGCAACCACAGUCAGCGAUUCGGGCGGUAUCUGCAUCGCCGGCUUCAUCAGCAUGGCUGUCGAGGUGUGGCUGUGUAACUGGCAAGUCCGGCACGGCAGGAAGUACUGCAAGAAAUUGUGA